CGUCAUGAGGACGCCAGUGCGCCUGCGCAGACCAGCCCCUCCGACCAGCAACGCCCCCCGCCCGCUGGCCGCGCCGCGCCGGCCCGACUCCCUCACUGUGGCGUGUGGGAGCGUGCCGGCACCAGGCCCCGACCCAUCCCACCAGCGACUACCGUCUCUCCGCGUGCUAACCCACCCUCCAGCCGCCACAGCCAUGUCUCAGAUCAGCAAGGAGCACGACGCGACGGCGGGCGCGCUGCAAAAGUACCUGUUCGAGCACAUGACGCCACUGAACCCGCACAUGGCCCGUCUGCGAGCCGACAGCCUGCAGGACCCCAUGGGCAGGAUGCUGGGCGCCUCGGACGAGCUCAACUUCCUGCGGCUGCUGCUCGGCACGCUGGGGGCCAAGAAAACACUCGAUAUCGGUGUAUUCACUGGUUACAGCGCGCUGUCUGCCGCACUGGCGCUGCCCGCCGACGGCAAGGUGAUCGCCUGCGACGUCACCGACGAGUGGCUGAAGAAGUACAACGCCUACCAGGUCUGGGCCGACGCCGGGGUGGCCGACAAGAUCGACGUCCGACUGGCACCCGCUCUGGAAACGCUCGAGGCGUUGAUAGCCGCUGGCGAGUCCGGCACAUUCGACUUCGCCUUCAUCGACGCCGACAAGCAGAGCUAUCCGGCUUACUACGAGGCGUGCCUGCGCCUGCUGCGUGUCGGGGGCAUCAUCGCCGUCGAUAACGCCCUCUACCACGGCGGGGUGCUCAAGCCGGAGGCGGAGAUGGACGCCAACUCACGCGCCAUCCACCAGCUGAACGAGAAGGCGGCCUCCGAUAGCCGGGUGCACACCAGCCUGCUCAACUGUGGCGAUGGCCUGCUGUUGUGCCGCAAAGUUCAGUGAGAGAGCUGUCACCCAGUGAGGGUCGGUAGCUGGGACGUGUUGCCAGUCGUCAGGCAGCACUGGUGUCGUAAUGGUUACUUAGACUCGCACUGGUCUUGUGGCAAGUGCGAGGUAAAUUGACGUCUAUUUUUAUUUCAUUUGCAUCAGAACAGAAAUCACCAGUAUCGAAAAAAGGUUUAAAUUUGUUCUCAGAUCAAUAUUCAUGAGCUCAUUUGCUGCCAGAACAACUUUUACAGUUGUGACAAUGGGAAUUCUAACACAGCAUAUAGGUAGACGAGUGACGAGUGACGACCGACGACUGACGAGCCUGACGAGUGACUGAGUGACGACGAGUGACUGACGAAGUUAGGCACUAGCAAGGGCACUAGCCUGUUGGGCGAAACGGGUGAGACUGACUCAGCAAGGGUCGUCGAGGGCUGAACAAACUAAACGUAUUCGGUUUAUUUUACAUAUCACGCGUCAUAACAAGCGAAUCAAGAUCACAAUGUCUUGAAUUGCUCUCAAAGGGACCAACAUAUGUAUGUGACUGAGGCAUAUGCAACUCCAGUAACUGCCGAUCUGUUAAUAAAUAUACCUCCGGGCGUUGUACAAUGUACGCCUACCGUUA